CGUUCCACCGGCAACAAUGUAAUCGAGUAGCGCUAUGAGACACGCUUCAGGUGCCGCAAAGGAUACUCUAACUCUAACCAGGAGGGAACUCGCCACGAGGAACUUACGAGGAUCGCACGUGGCGAUCGCUAGCGUGUGGCGAUAGUACGAACGAACCCAACCACAACGGAAUCGACACAAUGCUGGAGGAGGAGCUCGAGAUAGCGCUGAAGGUGAUCGUGGUCGGGAACGGAGGCGUCGGUAAAACGUCGAUGGUCCAGCGGUACUGCAAGGGCAUCUACACGAAGGACUACAAGAAGACGAUCGGGGUGGACUUCCUCGAGCGACAGAUCGAGAUCGACGGGGAGGACAUCCGGAUUAUGCUGUGGGACACGGCGGGCCAGGAGGAGUUCGACGCGAUCACGAAGGCGUACUAUCGGGGGGCGCAGGCGUGCGUGCUCACGUUCAGCACCACGGACCGGGCGUCGUUCGAGGCGAUCCGCGAGUGGAAGGUGAAGGUGGAGAACGAGUGCAGCGAGAUACCGACCGUGCUAGUCCAGAACAAGAUCGACCUGAUGGAUCAGGCCGUGGUGUCGUUCGACGAGGCGGAAGCGCUGGCCCACGCGCUCGGCUGCCGGCUGAUCCGGACGUCGGUGAAGGAGGACGUGAACGUAGCGACCGUGUUCCGGUACCUGGCGACCAAGUGCCACCAGCAGAUGAAGCAACAGUACAGCCAGUCGGCCCCGAUCAGCCAGCCGACGAUCAGUGCCUUUAGUCCGACGUUCCAGUCGAAAGCCGCCAGCAACACGAUCACCCUGGCGAGGCCAUCGGUGAAGCGCAAGCCACUGCAGAAGCGGUGCGGGAUCUUCUGAGGGCCGGCCCAGGCUGUGCGUGUUAUCGUUGAUCGUUGUUGUUAACUUAGAGCUUAGUAAUAGUAAGACCUGCCACCUUUGCAAGACUGUCGCUUGAAUACUCACCGCCCCGAGCUCUGCGUCUCCCCGUUGUCCACGUUGUGGCUAACACUCGUAUGCGUCGUUUCUUUCGGACACACCACAUAUUGUGCAUAUUCGUUCGUAGACUGUAGUUAGGUGAUGUUCAAUGUUUAUGUAUGUAUAGUUUCCCACCAACCUUUUUGGACAAAGACCCAGAAUCCAGACCAGACCGAAAUGGACCGUCAUUUACACAGAGCGAAGAACGUAUAGCGUGCGCUUUCCCCAUUUCCCCGUCUUCGAGAGGAAGAGUUUCAAUUGCUCAAAAAUUGGCAGUUGAUGAGGGAAGGCGCACAGAUGACGCAGACCACA